AUGGUUGAUUCAGAGAAAGUGAUAGUGGCGGGAGAUUUCAACGCCAUUCUCAAUAACAAAGAAAAAACUGGAGGUUUAAGAAUGAAUGCCCGUGUGAUGGAAGAUUUCCGAGAUUUUGUGACAGAUAAUAACCUUUUCGAUGUUAUCCCUAAAUCAGGAAAUUUUACAUGGACUAAUAGGAGGGCGAAUUUCAGCAGAAUUUCAGAGAGAUUGGACAAAAUAUUCACUGGAACAUGUUGGAUUAGAGGACAGUUUGACUUGGAGACAACAAUUAUGCCCUUAACACUCUCGGAUCACUUCCCGGUUCAGUUGAACUAUUUCACAUUAAUGGCAAAGGACAAAUCCAGAGAAUUAUGGAUCGAAGCUGGAGAUUCAAAUUCAAAAUUCUUUCAUGCUUCAUUAAAAGCAAAGAGGAACAAAAACAAAAUUAAUCAUUUGACGGAUGAUUCAAGUAGAUUGGUUGGUAAAGCAGAGGAGUUAGAAUGCAUAGCAGUAAAAUAUUUUGAGAAAUUUUUGGGAUCUGCGGUGGGGGAGAGUGAUGAAUCUAUUGGAUAUCUACUGGAUAUUAUUGACAAGAAGAUUUCAGAGGAGGAUAAUGCUAUACUAAUGUCUCCAAUUACAAAAGAUGAAGUUAAAAAGGCUACAUUUGCAUUACAUCCGCAUAAGGCUCCUAUACCAGAUGGGGCUGAAGAUUGUUUUGGACAAGCUAGUGUCUCUAGAGCAAAAUGGAUUUACCCUGGUAGAGAAAUUGCUGAUAGUAUAAUCACAGUUGCUGAAACCAUGCAUUCAAUGAAAAGGAGCAAAAUGCAAGGGAUGGUGGUCAAAUUAGAUGUUAGUAAGGCAUAUGAUCAGGUGAUUUGGUACUUCCUCUUUUCUAUUCUUGAAAGAUUUGGUUUUGAUUCUAGUUGGAUAAAUUGUAUAAAGCAUUGUGUUACUUCUGUUUCAUAUUCUAUUAUUGUAAAUGGAUCUAUAGAUGGUUUUUUUCAUGCCACGAAUGGUCUUAGACAAGGUGACCCCUUGUCUCCAUUUUUGUUUGUAUUAAUGGCCGAAAUUCUGGGAAGAAAUAUUAAAAAACUUGUAGAAACAAGAUUGUGGAAAGGUGUACACAUCCAUGACAGUAUUGAUCCAAUUUCCCAUUCUCAAUUUGUCGACAACACAAUUCUUUUUGGGGAAGCCACUGAGAAGGAAGCUAAGGUAAUGAAGAUGUUAUUGAAUGAUUAUGAAAAAGGGUCGGGAUAG